GCUGGCUGGACCCUCAGUGUGGAUGCAACAGCAAGUUCCCUGUGCUGUGCAAACUCAGGGAAUUCUGGCCAGCUGUGCUCAUUCCCUGGGGCACAGGCUGCUGACAGUGUGCAGAAUUGGGCCCAGCAGUGCUGGUGUCACCCCAUGUCCCCAGCAGCACAUCCUCCUUUGCCUGGGCCACUGCAAAGACAAAACUGGGUCCCCACAGCAGCACUGAUGUCCUCAGGGCAGAGAAAUUUGGCAGGAGAGCUGAAUGGGCUGCAGGGAGGAAGGCACUGAAAUGAUUUAUUUCCCUGGGAACUGGUUUGCUCCACUCGACGUGGGAUUGUUGCUGGGCUGGGAGCUGGACCACACAGGCUUGUAAAUCCCUGCUGGAAUAAACCCCAGGCAGGGGGGGUGAGCUGCUCUCACCCCCCAGAUGAAGCCUCUGGCUGAGGACAGAGAGGUGAAGAUUUUCCGUGCCUUAAUCCUGGGGGAGCUGGAGAGGGGCCAGAGCCAGUUCCAGGCUGUCUGCUUUGUGACCCGGCUGCACCGCAACGAGAUCAUCCCCAGCGAGUCCAUGGCAAAGCUGCGGCAGAAAAACCCCCGGACGGUGAGGCAGGCAGAGGAGGCACGAGGUUUGGAGCAUCUCAGCAUGGACGUGGCCGUGAACUUCAGCAAGGCAGCGCAGCUGAGCUCCCACAUCCACAACGUCUGCGCAGAGGCCAGGGAGGCCAUCUACACCCGCGAGGAGGAUGUCAGGUUCUGGCUGGAGAAAGGCGUGGACGGCUCCAUGUUCGAGGUGCUGCCGCAGGGCUCGGAGCUGCCGGAGCUGCAGCGCUGCCGGCGCUGCCCGGACCGCUGGAGGCCCUGCAUCUGCAGCUACUCGCUGAGCAUCGAGUGGUACCCCUGCAUGCUCAAGUACUGCCGGAGCCGCGACGCCGCGGGCAAGGUGUCCUCCUACAAGUGCGGCAUCCGCAGCUGCCAGAAGGGCUACACCUUCGACUACUACGUGCCUCAAAAGCAGCUCUGCCUCUGGGAUGAGGAAGCUUAGAGCCAGGCCAGAGUCCCCAGGAGCUGCUUCUGCUCCCAAGGAGGAAUGCUGUUCACGGUGGUGCCUUUCCUUGUGGCCUCCUGUGCCUCCCUCCCCGCCUGACGCUGCCUCGUGCCGUGCCAAGCAGGCUCAGCUGGCUGGGUGAUGCUGCUCUGGCUCCCUGGAGCAGGAGAUGCAGGCUUUGGGGUGAAGCACAGGGGAAGGGGUGUGCUGCCCUGCUCUGGAGCUCCCAGGGGCAUUCCCAGCCUUGAGCUGAGUGGGCAGGGCAAGGAUCUUGCUGACCUGGGUUGCCAAACAUCUCUGCCACUGAAGAACCCCCUUCGCUGCCUUCACCACCUCCUGGUGACACAGCCACGGGGAAACAGCUGAUUUUUGGGACCACAGCCCCUGAACGAGCAAGGUUUGAAGGCCACCCUAAGGAAGAGCCUGCCUGUAGCUUUUCCCUGUGCCUGGCUGGCCGUUACACCCCCAUGUGGAUGGAAGAUACACUGGGAGGAUAUAGCCCAGCAUCUUGUGCCCCUAAAGGGCUGGAAAUUAGGGCUUGAAUUAAUCCCUACCUAGACUAGAGAAGGCCCAACUUUUUGUGUUGGUCUUGUGACUGUUCCACUAAGAAAGAAACAUCUGGAGACUCGUGGCUGCAAGGGGAGAGGAGGAUCCCAGGUGGGUUUGGAAGAAGACAGGAUUCUACAUCCACAUCCAGUUUUAUGUCCUGCUCUGCCAGCUAUUCACAAGAAGCUCUUAAAUAACUGUUCUGCUUUGCUGUGCCUUGUUCCCCUCAUAUGUUAAACAGGGAUGACACUGAAGUUGUCCUUGGCCUUGGAAUAUUCCUGGAAGGAUCAGACAAAAAGCACUGGAAGUGCUGCUUGGUUCUGUGUCCUCUUCCACUCAAAUAAGGAGAAGCACAGAGGGGAGAGAAGCUCUUGGAGUCUUUAGGAACCCCUGUGCCUCCUGGUGAAAAGCCUUCACAACGUGCCUUUUUGCCUAAAAUACAGGAAAUUUUGCAAAAGAAGAAAAAAAAUAAUAAUUUGGUCACAAUUAUUUUUGUAUCGAUCACUUAAGGGGUGGGGGGAGAAGGGAAGGGUAUUUUAAUAUUGGAACAUGAAGUAAAACACACUUGAAAUGAUUUUU